AUGUUGAGAGAAAGAGGUAAGGAUGAUGAGAAGGAGGAGGAGGAGGAGGAAAAAUUUGAGAGACAAAUAUUUGUAAAUAAAUGUGAUUGUUUGUUGUUUCACUCUGUCUUGUCACUGCUAGGUGUGGUGUGGAUGGCAGUGCGAUGGGGUGAUGGUAUGGGGCAACAUUUGGACAAAUGGGUGAAUGGAGGAUUGUCCCAACCUAGUCAUCGGAUAAAUAGGCAGGCAAGGCAACAGGCAUUCAAACAGAUUGAUAAUGGAGUUGGGCAGUUGGAUGAGGCGAAUGAGCGUUUAAACCGGAAGGGAAAUCAUCCAAUGCAAUGCAUCGAUAUGUGGCUGAACAACUUGAUUCUGCAAAUUUCGCUUUCAUGA